AUGGCCUCAGACAUUGCCGAAAUGCUUAAACAAAACUUCUUGGAAUGUGUCCGAGAUAGUGAGCUUAACCUAGCAUCUACUAUCACUCCCCUAUUGACUGACAUCGCAAACGAAUUCACAAAUAACAAGGUAUUCUGGUCACCUCCCCCGGUUAAAUCCCUCUCUUACUUGUACCAACUUGACCAUACACUUGCCGAGUGUCGAGCAAACAAGAGAACCUUCUUGUUCUCUCGUCUCGAUCCAGUGGAACGUUCCAAUGAGAAGACAUUGACCGACAUCAAGCAAAAACUCAUCGAGAUGAGGGGGAAUAGCACAGAGAAUGCAAACUCAACCUCCAUCUUAUUCACUUCAAGCAUGUACCCUACCAGAAAGGACGCACCAAACAUCACCGUAUUCGAAAAAGAAAUCGAAAAGAUUGUAACUUGGCUUGAAUCCAAUGAUGGGUUUAAGGCCAUUGGGGUUCAUGGGAUGUGUGGCACAGGAAAGACUACGCUUGUGAAAAUGGUUCUGGAUGAUCCACGUGUCCGAAACAAGUACGAGGAGCCACUGUGGGUGUGUUUGUACGACUUGACUUCAAGUGAUGAAAUGGAUAUAAAGAUUGUUAAGGAAAUGUUGGCACAAUUGGGUGAUGACCCUGAUUUAUUGACGGAGCAGCCUGAUCUAUUGACGGAGGAGCCUGAUCAAUUGACAGCGGAGCCUAAAGAUGAUUGGCUUGUGGACAGACUCCAUGAAAAACUCAAGGGUCGUACGUAUUUGAUUGUGUUGGAUGGUGUGUGGCAUUGUAACGAGUGGUUCAAUAAUUUAUAUGAUAAUAAUACUGUGAGAUUUUCCCAAGCUUUGCCCAAGGACGAGGGUGGUGCUGUCAUUGUCACCAGCAGGCAAAAGGAGGUGACUACUAAGUUGGUGAAUGGGGAGAAAUUGAUUCAUCUCGAACCUUGGGAUGAUGAGAAAAUGAAGGAAUUUGUGAAGCGAUGUUUGGAACAACAAGGUAAGAGUUCUUCGGAAAUCACUCAGGAAAAGAUUGAUUCCAUCGCUUAUCAUUGUCAUGGUCUUCCUUUGGUUGCUGAAUUCCUCUCAGGUUGGAUAGAGAAGCAGAUCCCCGACAAGUCUGGUUCUGAUUGA